AUGGAGGCAGAAACAAAGAACGAUCUGGGGGUUGACGAGAAGCGCCUCCACGAUGAUGAACAGAACGAAAAGGCUGCCGAAGCUGCCGUUUUGGCAACACCAACUAAGAUAGCGUGGGAUGGUCCCGAAGACCCUUCAAACCCGUUAAACUGGCCCAGCAGCCGCAAAAUAUCAAUCGGUAUUAUCAUUUCAUUGGGACAACUCGUGUGCCUGAUGACGACUAGUAUCGUGGCCCCAGCCCUACCACAAAUUGCCAAAGACUUGGGACUUGGAGCAUCGGAGACUCAGAUGUCCUUUUCUAUUUUCGUACUCGGUCAGGGAAUCGGCUCCUUAUUUAUUGGUCCGCUGAGCGAAGUGUUCGGCCGAAAGCCGCUAUGGGUGAGCUGCACUUUCUUCUUUAUACUAUGGAACUCGCUAUGUCCCGUUGGAAAAUCAAAGGUAAUGUUGAUUAUUGGUCGGGUUUUGAGCGGUGCUGGUGGCAGCUGUGGUGUAAUUCUCUCUGGCCCCAUUAUGGCCGACAUGUACCCUAAAAAAGAUAGGGGAAAGUCUCUUGCAAUUGCAUCAUUGUUUCCCUACUUGGGCCCUGCUCUUGGCCCUAUUGUCGGGGGUUUGGUAAGUCAGCACGUGAGCUGGCCUUGGCUAUUUUGGGUCAUGUCUAUAUUCAGCGCGGUAAUUGUGAUUGCCGGAAUGCUUAUUAUCCGUGAGUCUUACAAACCGAUAAUACUCAAGCACAAGGCCGAUCGUCUUCGUACACAAGGUGUCAUGGAGGCCGCAGAUGCGGAGUCUUCACCUCAGAGCCUGCUGUCCAAGAUAGGUGUCAGCCUAUCUCGACCCCUUCGGUUGUUAGCCACCCGUCUCGUUGUCCAACUACUGGCAUUGAUCUUAGGCCUCGCGUUUGGAACCUAUGUUCUUGUAUUGUCGUUCUUCGCCAGAGUAUUUAUCGACCAGUACGACCAAUCGGCCACAUCGAGCAGUCUUCAAUACAUUGCGAUUGCCUUGGGCUGCACUCUGUCAACCCAAACCGGAGGUAGGCUUAUGGAUUUCAUCUAUGCUCGUCUCCAUACCCGCCAGCCUGAGGGGGCUCCAGCUUUACCCGAGUUCCGUGUGCCGAUCUUGCUAAUCGGCGGUCUUCUUCUACCAGCCGGACUCUUCUGGCUAGGUUGGUCCGCACAGGGACAUGCACAUUGGAUCAUGGUUGACAUUGGCGCAUUGAUCUUUACAGCUGGAGAUUUCUUAGCAAGUCAGGCCGCGCUUGCCUAUAUACUCGAUGAGUUUCCGACCCAUGCCGCAUCGGCAGGCGCUGCAUCGAGGAUUGUUAGCAAUAUCCUGGGUUUUACAUUUCCGCUUUUUGCACCGCAGUUGUACGAUCGACUAGGCUAUGGAUGGGGGAAUAGUCUGUUGGCAUUGAUUUGGAUUGUUGUUGCACUGCCGGUGUCGCUCGCGAUUUGGUUCUGGGGGAAUAAAAUUAGAAGAGUUGGAAAAAGCAAGAAAGAUGAAUAG